AAAGCUAGACGCCGCGCGGCGCCGCUGAAGUGGCCUUGUUCUCCGCCUUUCUCUUUUUCUGUUUCCUGACGCCACCCUCCUCUCGUCAGCCUCCGGCCUGCCGUCACUUUGAGACCUAACACCCCUGCGAUUGCUGAAACAACUGUUGUAAUAGCAGAUGCCAUCGCCAUAGUGGUGUGAGUUUCGGGGACACUAAAACUUAACUCGAGGUGCCUGGUUUUGAAGGGAUGCCUUCAAUUAAGUUGCAGAGUUCUGAUGGAGAGAUAUUCGAAGUUGAUGUUGAAAUUGCCAAACAAUCUGUGACUAUCAAGACCAUGUUGGAAGAUUUGGGAAUGGAUGAUGAAGGAGAUGAUGAUCCAGUUCCUCUACCUAAUGUUAAUGCAGCAAUAUUAAAAAAGGUUAUUCAGUGGUGCACCCACCACAAGGAUGAUCCUCCUCCUCCUGAGGAUGAUGAGAACAAAGAAAAGCGAACAGAUGAUAUCCCUGUUUGGGACCAAGAAUUCCUGAAAGUUGACCAAGGAACGCUUUUUGAACUUAUUCUGGCUGCAAACUACUUAGACAUCAAAGGUUUGCUUGAUGUUACAUGCAAGACUGUUGCUAAUAUGAUCAAGGGGAAAACUCCUGAGGAGAUACGCAAGACCUUCAAUAUCAAAAAUGAUUUUACUGAAGAAGAGGAAGCCCAGGUACGCAAAGAGAACCAGUGGUGUGAGGAGAAGUGAAAUUUUGUGCCUGAUGCUGUAACACUGUAAGGAUUGUUCCAAAUACUAGUUGCACUGCUCUGUUUAUAAUUGUUAAUAUUAGAAAAACAGUAGACAAAUGCAGCAGCAAAUCAAUUGUUUCAGUAGAAUAUUGUCCUCAUUGCAUGUGUAGUUUGAGUACAGAUUCCAAAUCUAUGGCUGAAUUUCUUCUAGUAUGAUCAAAAUUGUUUUUUCUUUGCUCUGAAUAAAAUUGAACUGUGGGUUCUCUAUAGAAAGUGGCAUUUUGGGCUUUCCCUCUUUUUGUAAAGCGAUUUCUGGCUAGUUUAUUGUCCAGUUAACUUUAGUGACUUUUAAAAGUUGGCAUUGUAAAUAAAACAACUUGCAAAAAGUUUUCUGAAAUAGAAUUAACAACUUAUUACCAUUAUUCAUAUGUUGGAAACUGGAAAAAUGCUACUUGAGGUAAAUGUUCUGAGUGGGGUUAUUAGGAUGUCUUCCAGCUUCCUGGAGUCAAGAAGUACCACUAAUACUGAUUAGCCUGUAUGUAGCAAGGCUUCCUUAAUUGGAUCUGAGGACUCGUUUUUGCAUUUUUAAUCCUCUCAGCUUUGAAUAUGUUGGCUAGAGACUCAGUUACUACUCAGUUUGUGAUUUAGGGGAAAUAUAACUAGACAGUUUGUUAGCGUUUCAAUUAAGAAAGACACUUAACCUAUGUGGUGUGUCAUCUUUUUAUAAUCAGUGAUCCUACGUGGGGAAAACUGUUCACACUACUUGCAUGUAAAAAGUAAUUUAACUUUUAACAUUAAAAUGUGUGGCAAAAUGCAGAAAGCAUCCGUCAUGAAUGCAAGAUACUUUCAAUAAAAAGUAAGUUACAUAGUAGGUA